AUGGCAGAACAGACUGAUUCGAUUGUUCAGAAUGUCAUAACACAUCUGACGGCAGUUCUAUCGAAAGAGACCUCUUUUGAUAGUUUAAUUCUUCAAAGAGCAGACACAAAACUCAGUCUGGAUAACUCAUUACUAAUUGAGGAUGCCGCCAAUGGGGACAAAAUACUUCAGAGCCUGUUGCCAUUACUAAUCACAGUUCUUCGAACUCCACUGGAUGGUGUCGACUAUGGCCUAGUCGUAUCACUUCUGUCUACUGUAUUAUCACACAAGUCAUACGCUGAAGUGGUUCAGUUUAUAAGCCAGAAUGACCUCAUCGAGGGCCUUCAGUCUGGAGUGUCACAUCUUCAAAUUGCCUGUAUUAAUCAGAUCACCAAGGCCAAUCCUCCAGAUAUUCUCGCCAAUACUCCUGUCAUUUUGGUAUUAGUGAAGUUGAUUGCGAGCCGACAAGUUGAGUCUGAAGUGGUCUAUGCAGUUCAGAAGGCAUUAAGCUUACUAGCAUCCUUUGGACACCUCGUACGUCGCAGAUUAUUCAGUGGCGACUCUCUAGAAAUCCUUACAAGCAGCCUUUUUAACGGAGAUUCGAUUCUCCAGGCAAGAUUGAUGAAUCUAAUUACUGACGUUUUACCAUUCGACAAGGCACCAAAUCAAUAUAUUCCAACCGAGCUAAUUGCAUUUCCACCAGAAGGUAUCAGCCACGAUGACGACUUACUGCUUGUUUUAAAUAAAAUUCAGUUUUACAGAGAUAUCAUAAGCAACCCGCAUCCUUCGACUUUGAUUACUAGUAUUAGUCCCCAAAUUGAAGCAGUGGCUGUUCUUUAUUCAAAACUCGAGAAUGAUCCAGUAAUGGAAUCGUUUUUAACCAACGAAACCCUCGCUUUCUUUGGCGUUCUUUCUUCUACCUAUAUGGCAGUUUUCCGAGAAUUGGAUGUCAAAUACAAACUCACACACACACUCGAAUCGUCGCAGCUGAAUUUCAACAAUGCCGCUACCAACAUGUUCUUGUCGCUUUUGAGCCCCCGCUAUGUUUACGAAUUCCUGUCUGAUACGAUACGUUUGAUUCCUUUAAGAGCACAUACUGUACGAGUUCUCCGAAACCUUGUUAAACAUGAACCUUCGUUCCAGCUUCUUGUCUCUGGAUCUUGUGCAUUGGCAGAUCAAACGAAAAUUGUAGAAUUGCCAUAUCUAGAACUGAUGGCCCUUCUUGUCCCCAUCACAGCUACCACAUGGGGAGUUAAUGGACUGGUUCGCUGGCCUAAGGUGGUGGAUGCAAUUCUUUUCAAAGAAGACGUCCGCGACAAGGACUCAGUGUCCUAUCGUCGUGAAGUGUUUGACAAUCUCGUCAAGAGCCCCUCACAGAGUUUAGGAGUUUGGAACGAGCCGAUCCGUACAAAGUACCGCGAACUUGUUCAUGGUGUGGUCCAUCGUGAGGCCCAUGCUGCAGUAGCUGAUGAAUCCGCAUCGUAA